ACAAAUAAUUGAGAGGCCCUCCUUUGUUUUCAGUUCUACCCCCAAAAUCUCCUCUUUUCCUCAAGAUAACACAAAUUCCAGCUUCACUACUUCACUCUCCUCCAUUCUUCUUCUUCCCCUCUCAAAAAUCCCCUUCAUUUUCUCUCUCCUCUAUCCUCUCAAAAUUUCCAUGGCGUUAUCAGCUACUUCCCCUGCUCGAGCCGCCAUUGCUUUAGCUUACCAACCUCCCCACAAUCAACAAUCUCUUUCUCAUCUCCCAAAUCUCACUUUCCACCCUAAAUCCCAAACCCCUUCUAAAUUAAUCCUUUCCUCCUCUUUCACCCCUUCUUUCACCGCCUCUUCUUCCACCACCACCACAUCCACCGCCGCCGCACCCUCCGCCACUCGCCGCCGCACCUUCACCGUCCGCGCGGCGAGAGGGAAAUUCGAAAGGAACAAGCCCCAUGUGAAUAUCGGCACUAUUGGUCAUGUCGACCAUGGUAAGACCACUCUUACUGCCGCCCUUACUAUGGCGCUUGCGUCUAUGGGCAACUCUGCCCCGAAGAAAUACGAUGAAAUUGAUGCUGCCCCUGAAGAGCGUGCUCGUGGGAUUACGAUUAACACGGCUACUGUUGAAUAUGAAACCGAAAACCGGCACUACGCUCAUGUCGAUUGUCCAGGACACGCUGAUUAUGUCAAGAACAUGAUUACUGGUGCUGCUCAGAUGGAUGGUGCUAUACUUGUUGUGUCAGGUGCUGAUGGGCCUAUGCCGCAGACUAAGGAGCAUAUUUUGUUGGCGAAGCAGGUGGGUGUGCCUAAUAUGGUUGUAUUUUUGAAUAAGCAAGAUCAAGUUGAUGAUGAAGAGCUGUUGCAAUUGGUGGAGCUUGAGGUGAGAGAACUGUUGUCUAAUUAUGAUUUUCCUGGUGAUGAAAUUCCUAUUAUUUCUGGGUCUGCUUUGUUAGCUUUAGAGGAAUUGGUGAAGAACCCUAGUCUUAAGAGGGGGGAUAAUACAUGGGUAGAUAAAAUUUACCAACUUAUGGAUGCUGUUGAUGAGUACAUUCCUAUUCCAACUAGGCAGACUGAUUUACCUUUCUUGAUGGCUAUUGAGGAUGUGUUUUCGAUCACUGGUCGUGGGACCGUGGCCACCGGGAGGGUUGAGAGGGGGACUGUUAAGGUUGGGGAGACUGUGGAUAUUGUGGGAAUGGUGGAUACUAGGAAUACUACUGUUACUGGGGUUGAGAUGUUUCAGAAAAUUUUGGAUGAGGCUAUGGCUGGUGAUAAUGUUGGGUUGUUGUUGAGAGGUAUUCAGAAGAUUGAUAUUCAGAGGGGUAUGGUGCUUGCUAAGCCUGGGACUAUUACCCCUCACACUAAGUUUUCGGCCAUUGUUUAUGUGUUGAAGAAGGAAGAAGGCGGUAGGCAUUCGCCUUUCUUUGUCAAUUACAGGCCUCAGUUCUACAUGAGGACUACUGAUGUCACCGGGAAGGUGUCAAAGAUUAUGAAUGACAAGGAUGAGGAGUCGAAGAUGGUUAUGCCUGGUGACCGAGUUAAGAUGGAGGUCGAGCUUAUUCACCCUGUUGCUUGUGAGGAGGGUAUGAGGUUUGCUAUUAGGGAAGGUGGAAAGACUGUUGGUGCUGGUGUUAUCCAGACUAUCAUUGAGUAGUUUGGUAAUGGUAGUAGUAGUGUGUGUCUUUGUAUGUUUUCCUGCGGGGAAGAGGUAGGAGGGGUUCCCUCAUUUGGUUAGGCGCUUCAGGAAUGUAAUGAGAUUGGGCCUAAGCUGUAUAAUUUCCGUCUUUUUACAUGUUUUUUUUGGGAGUAGGGUUGAACAUUUGAGAUAUUCUCAUAAUUGUGCAAUUUAAUUUACACCUUUUACAGAAUAACCUUGCUGAUUUCAGUCUUCUGUAGUGUUUAUUCAAUUUUCCAAUAUGAAUUUGUGCUUGUAAUGGUUGCAUCA